UGUGUUGAUUUGACUUCAAGGAAUAUAUGGAUUCAUUUAGUUGCGCGCCGUCGUACGUUGGGGACGCACGCAUUUCGUUUCUGUUUGUAAAUAACGUGUAAUUGUUUGUUUACAACAAGAAAAGUGCUAAAAAAACAGUGUGUUAAAAAGUAAAUUCCAAAAAUUAAUAUAAAUUUAAACAAUUUGGGCCGAAAAACCAACGCUCAGCGUUCGUUUUGUUUUUCUUUUAGUUCAACCUUUUUUUAAUUUUCUUUUAAUUUAUCACCCGCUUUUUUGGUUUAAUCCAAAAGAGAGAAAUAAAUAAAAGAAAUUUAUUUGUGUAUAACAUGGGUACGACCACGAAUCGUAUGCCCAUGGGCGUUAAAAUGAGGCGUAACAUGUCAUUAAUGUGGAAAUUAUUGGCGAUUAUUGUGAUAAUACAAGCAAGUGGAAUAAGUGCUAAGCAAAUCCAAAGCGAUUUAACAUUCGAUGACACCUUUGACAUCGAUCAAUUCGAUGAUGCUGCCUCAUCGGCAAAAUUGCGUAGUGCGCGCGACCUCGACGAACAGGCCUUUAUCGAUGAUGAAUUACAACCCGUGGACGAAAGCGACAGUGAAGUCUCGAAUGGCGGCAGUUGGUUAAUGCAAAGCGUUAAACGUGUGCGCCGUGAGUUGGGCCGUUUGUUUGGUAGCGAAGAGAAAAAGCUGGUGGCCGGCAAAAAGCAUGCCGCCAAAAAUACCGCUAAACUGGAGAAACAACGCAAGAGACAGGCUAAAUUGGCUGAAAAGCAAAAGCGCAAAGCUUUGGCCGCCAGUGUGGCUAAAGCCAACAAAGCCAAGAAUCGUUUGAACAAACGUCAAUCGUAUGAUGAUGUUGAGGGUUCGGGUGAUGAGACCGAGAAUGCAGACUAUGGCCAGCAUGAUAUGUGGCAAACUUUGUUCACACUUGCUGAACCCUGGCAGGAGGAAUACCGCAUGGGCAAAAGUAAUCAGGUGUUUAUUACCUUGCAACAACAAAUCCAUGAUGCUUUCCAUAAUUUCGUUAAUGAAAAUUAUAGUGAUGAUGAAGAUGAAUACUUGCAGCCUACUCUGAUGCGUGUUGAACCCACCAAUGACAUUUACAAAAUCCACUGUAUUGUACAAGUUGAUUUGCCCGAAAGAUGGAACGACUUUGGCCAACGCCUGCAUCAAUAUUUAUUGACAUACAAGCAUUUCGGCGAAGAAUUCAGUGCCGAUGCCGACAGUAGUUUCUACUUCAGACGCGUAAGAGAACUCCAAGAUCAUGAAAGUGUCGAUGUAACAAACGAUUACUCUCACAAUGGCGGUGAACAUCAUGGUGAAGGUGUAGACAUGAACAAUGCUUAUCAUGGUGAAGGUGAAGGUACGGCUUCCCAUCAUCAUAAUGCUGGUGGCGAUCAUUUACCUGUUGACAAUAACGAUCAUGUUAAGUUUGGCGAAUGCGAUCAUGAGGGCUACUUCCAUUGUCGCAGCAAUCAACUCAUCGAAUGUGAUUUCCGCUGUGACAACAAGGCCGACUGUGAUGAUGACAGUGACGAAGAUGCCGAUAUGUGCAACCGAUUAUUUGAAGAAGACAAGGACCUCGAGGAUGAGGACGAAGAUGAUAAUGACAAUGAUAAUGAGGCCACACAUGAUGGACACCAGGGCGAGCCUACUGAAGAUCCCAAUUAUGAUGACAACACUGGCUACGAUCCCUACGAUUACAAUAGGGAACAGGAAAUGGAAAGAGAAAGACAAUUGGAAUUGCAACGUGAAAGAGAGCAUCAAAUUGAAUUGGAACAAGAGAGACAAAGACAGCUCGAUCACGAACGCCAGCUGGCCGAACAAGAACGUGCCAAAAAAUACGAAGAGGAAAGAGAAAGAGAGGAACAAGAGCGUGCCAGAGAAUACGAAGAGGAACGUGCCCGUGAGGAAGAAGAACGAACACGCCAAUAUGAAUUGGAACAACAGGAAAGAGCCCGCCAAUACGAACAGGAAGAGCAAGAAAGAGUACGCCAACAGCACGAACGCGAGGAACAAGAACGUCGCGAACACGAAAUGGAAUACGAACGGGAACAUGGUAGCGAACAUGAGGCUCAACCCGAUCACGAUCAUGAUAAUGAAUACCAACCCGAAGUACAUGCCGGUCACGAUCAAACCUCUGGCCAUGAAUAUCAACCCGAAGCUCAACCCGAUCACGAUCAAACCUAUGGCCAUGAAUAUCAGCCUGAAGCUCAACCCGGUCACGGUGUUGAUGGCGAUGACGAUGAAGAGGGUGAAGUUUACGAUUGUAAUGUCAAUCCCAAUGGCUAUUUUGUAUGUAAUAGCGGCGAACUUGUACCUUGUUUCACGGUUUGCGACAACCAAUACGACUGCCGUGAUGCCAGUGAUGAAGAGUCAUGUCAUCCAGACAUUUCCACCGAAGAUACACCAGUUGAUGAACCUGUUUCGGAAACUGAAUCUCAUAAUGGCGAAGAAGAUAUUGAAGCUUCUGGCGAAGACUACCCAGCAAUUACUGAAACCAGCCCUGUUUACACCAACACCUAUGAUGGUGGUUGCCGUGGCGAUACCACCUUCACUUGUCGCGAAAGUGGCAAGAUCAUUUGUGAUGAACAAGUGUGCGAUGGUGAAGAACAGUGCCCCGAUGGUGAGGAUGAAUCGGACUGUCCAACCGAUGGUGACAAUGGCUACGAUGGAGAUACUGAAUAUGAACCUGAUAACCAAUGUCUAGAAAAUGAAUUCAGAUGUGAUAAUCGUUGUCUGCCCAAAGAAUAUCUGUGCAAUGGUUUUAGUGAAUGUAUCGACAACACCGAUGAACUUAAUUGUCCCGAAAAAGAAUGCAAACCCAACGAAUUCAAGUGUAGCUCUGGCGAUUGUAUUGAUGGCAGCAAACGUUGCAACCGCAUACCCGAUUGUCCCGAUGGCGAUGAUGAAGAUGAAAGAUGCCCGGCUGAGUGUAGUGAUAUUGAAUAUCAAUGUAGAGAUGGUAUUAAUUGUAUCAGUGAUGCCAAAAUCUGUGAUGGUAAAUCAGAUUGUCUGGAUGGCGAUGAUGAAGAACAUUGUGAUAGUAGCGGUGAUGAUGAUGGUGGUGAUUAUUGUAAAUAUCAUGAAUUCCGUUGUAAUAAUGGUCAGUGUAUACCCUAUCGUGAGGUAUGCGAUAAUAUCUAUGAUUGUGAUGAUUAUUCCGAUGAAAGUGAUUGUGACACCCAAGAUUUGAAUCAAAAUGUCUUUGAUGAGGAUGAAAUUAUAAGAGCCUAUGCGCCACAUCACAAACGUCCUGCCACAUCGGCUCCUCCGGUAUCCCACUAUCGCCCCUAUGGCUCCUCCAGCGAUGGGCCAUUGCAUGAUUAUUAUUACAAUCAGGCCGAUUUAUAUAUUAAGGCAACCCAUAAUAAUCCCUGCUCCGAGUCUCAAUUCCGUUGUGGCAAUAAUGUGUGUAUUCCUUUGCACUUGAGAUGUGAUGGCUUCUAUCACUGUAAUGACCUGACCGAUGAGUUUAAUUGUGAUGAAUAUAGAGCCCAGGGUGAUAUAAAAACCCCCACUACCGAAUCGCCGCCCGCCAAUGUAAUAAAAACUACCAGCAACCCAAGAAAUACUACUGAGAGCGAAACAUCUACAGCAUCUACAACCACCACAACAACAACUAUUACCACUCCGGCUCCCAAAAAAAAAACUUGCUUAAGCAUGGAAUUCAUUUGUGAAAGUGGCGAUUGUAUACCAUUGGAAAGUGUAUGCGAUGGCGUUGGCGAUUGUAAACGUUUGGAUGAUGAAAGUUAUGGUCUGUGUCAUUGCAGCAGCGAUAAGUUCAAAUGUAUACACGGCGGUGGCUGUAUACCAAAAGUCCAAGUUUGUGAUGGCAAACCUCAAUGUCGAGAUGGCAGUGAUGAGAAAAGUUGUCUCACAACUGUUUUAACCCCCGAUGAAUGUAACGACAGUCAAUUCUUCUGUGAUGAUGAUUGCCAUCCCAUAUCGAUUCGCUGCAAUGGCCAAUAUGACUGUGCUGAUCGUAGCGAUGAAGAGGGCUGUACUCGUCCCACACGCCAUCCCCCCAUCUAUCCCUGUCCCCAGCAUACCUGCCCCAAUGGUCACUGUUACAGUGAGAAUGAACGUUGUGAUGGUAUUUCUCAAUGUGAUGAUGGUUCAGAUGAAGCUGAAUGCUGUGCCGCUGAUCAAUUCCGUUGCCGUAAUGGUGAUUGUGUGCCCGGCUAUGCCCAAUGUAAUGGUCGUCAUGAAUGCAUUGACCACUCUGAUGAAGAAGACUGUUCUGAUCCUAUUCCCGCUUAUCCCAGCCGUUGCAUGCCUAGCCAGUUCCGUUGUGACAGCGGCCAGUGUGUUACUGCUUUGGCCAGAUGUAAUGGUUACACUGAUUGUCUCGAUUCCUCUGAUGAGAAACAUUGCAGCUCUGUACCCACCACUGCCUCACCCCAAUUGAACUUGAAGACUUAUCCCGAUAAUCAAAUCAUCAAAGAAAGCCGUGAAGUGAUCUUCCGUUGUCGUGACGAAGGCAUGUUACGUGCCAAGGUUAGAUGGACCAGACCCGGUGGUCGUGCUUUGCCUGUGGGCGCUCGCGACAAGGAUGGCCGUUUGGAAAUUCCCAAUAUUCGUGUUGAAGAUUCUGGAACUUAUAUCUGUGAAGCUGUUGGCUAUCCUCGCCAUGUGGCAGGACAACAAGUCUCUGUACAAUUGACCGUAGAGAAAUUCAAUCCUCGUGAUGAUCGUUUGCCCUCAGCUUGCUCCAACACCCAGGCUACUUGCUUGAAUGGUGAAUGUAUUGACAAGUCUCAGAUAUGUGAUGGUAUCCCUCAUUGUUCGGAUGGCUCUGAUGAGCAUAGUUGUUCUCAUGGUCGCAAGUGUCAUCCCAAUCAGUUCAUGUGCCGCAAUUCCAAGUGUGUGGAUCGUGUGUGGCGUUGUGAUGGUGAAGAUGAUUGUGGUGAUAAUUCGGAUGAGGAAAGUUGUGAUCCUGAACCCUCUGGCGCUCCCUGCCGUUAUGAUGAAUUCCAAUGUCGCAGUGGCCAUUGUAUUCCCAAGUCCUUCCAGUGUGAUGAUACCAAUGAUUGCCGUGAUGGCUCUGAUGAAAUCGGUUGCAUGGCCCCCGACAAGAUCCGUGAUCCUCCACCAACUGCCAACUUGAAACAGGGCGAUUCCUUGAACUUGACUUGUGUUGGCGUGGGUACCCCCACUCCCGUUAUUGUAUGGCGUUUGAAUUGGGGCCAUGUUCCCGAAAAGUGUGUCAGCAAGAGUUUCAGCGGCUCCGGCUCUUUGUACUGUCCCGAUAUGCAAGUCGGUGAUAGCGGUGCCUACUCUUGUGAAAUCAUCAAUACCAAGGGCAGCAAAUUCGCCACCGAUACUUUGGUUACCGUCGAAGCUCCUAUACGUCCCGGUGUCUGUCCUGCUGGCUUCUUUAAUAUGUUGGCUCGCCGUCCCGAGGAAUGUAUUAACUGCUUCUGCUUUGGUGUCACCAAAUCUUGCAAAUCCGCCGAACUCUUCAACUAUGCCAUUCAACCUCCCAUUACCUCACACCGUGUGGUCGAUGUGGAGCUCAGUCCCUACAGCAGCAUUGUUAUUAAUGAAGCCCCCACCUCGGGCAUCAUGAACUUGAGACAUGGUGUUCAAUUCCGUGCCACUGAUGUUUUGUAUGGCAGCCGUAGUGCUCCUUACUUGGCCUUACCUUCCGAUUAUAUGGGCAAUCAAUUGAAAUCUUAUGGUGGCUUCAUUAAAUACGAUGUCAGCUUCAUGGGUCAAGGACGUCCCACCUCAACACCUGAUGUUAUUGUUACCGGCAAUGGAUUUACUUUGACCUACCGUUCUCGUGAACAGCCCCAACCCAAUGUCAUCAAUCAUAUGGAAAUUCAAUUUACUCCUGGCCAAUGGAAGAAACCUGAUGGUCGCGUGGCUACACGUGAAGAAAUCAUGAUGAUUUUGGCCAAUGUCGACAAUGUAUUGAUACGUUUGAGCUAUAUUGAUGCCACCGAAAGACAAGUGGAAUUAACCAAUAUCUUAAUGAACUCGGCUGGUGAUCAUGAUCAAGGUUUGGGCCAAGCUUCUUUGAUUGAACAGUGCUCUUGUCCUGUAGGCUAUAUUGGUGAUUCCUGUGAAAACUGUGCUCCUGGUUAUGUUAGACAAGCUGGCGGUCCCUGGUUGGGUCGUUGUGUGCCCUUCACUCCCGAACCCUGUCCAGCUGGCACUUAUGGUGAUCCUCGCCGUGGCAUUCAAUGCCGUGAAUGUCCCUGUCCUCAGACUGGCUCGAAUAACUUUGCUUCUGGCUGCUCUUUGGGUCCCGACAAUGAGGUUACCUGCAACUGCAAUGAAGGCUACACUGGCAGACGUUGUGAAUUCUGUGCUCCUGGCUAUUCCGGUCAUCCUUUGACUCCUGGCGGCCGCUGUUAUCCCAUACCCGAAAGCACCUGCAAUGCUGAGGGCACCUACUCUGUCAAUGCCGAUGGCACUUGUACCUGCAAGGCUUUGGUAACUGGCGCUCGUUGUGAUACCUGCAAACCCGACUCCUUCCACCUGAACGCCUUCACCUACACCGGCUGCAUUGAGUGCUUCUGCAGUGGCUUGCCCACUAGCUGUGGCAGCAGUUCCUGGUACCGCGAUCAAAUCUCAUCCGCUUUCGGCCGCUCCAGUGCUCCCCAUGGCUUUGGCUUGAUCACCAACUACAACACCGACAAACCCACUAGUGUGGGCUUCUCGCAAACUGGCAACUUCCUGACUUUCUCAGAACCCAGAACUUCGGAAACUUUGUACUGGCAAUUGCCCGCCCAGUUCUUGGGUAACAAGAUCACCGCCUAUGGUGGUAAAUUGAAUUAUACCUUGAGCUACACUGCCAUGCCUGGUGGUUUAAUGUCACGCAGCACCUCUCCCGAUGUGGUCAUUAAGUCUGGCGAAGAUUUAACCAUCAUUCACUAUCGCAGAAGUGGUGUUAGUCCCAGCUCUUCCAACUCCUACUCGGUGCCCAUCAUUGAAAGUGCCUGGUAUCGUUCGGAUGGCCAACCCGUCAACAGGCAACAUUUGUUAAUGGCUCUUUCCAAGAUCGAGGCCGUCUACAUCAAGGCUACUUACACCACCAGCACCAAGGAUGGUACUUUGACUCAAGUGGUCAUGGAUAUUGCCACACCCACCAAUUUGGGCACUGCCAGAGCUGUUGAAGUUGAGGAAUGUCGCUGUCCCGAAGGUUAUAUUGGUCUGUCCUGUGAACGUUGUGCUCCUGGCUUUAAGCGUAAUCCCGAAGCUGGUCUCUAUUUGGGUCUGUGUGAACCCUGUGAAUGUAAUGGCCACUCUAGCCAGUGUGACAGUGAGUCUGGUGCCUGCCUUAACUGUGCCGACAAUACCGAAGGUGAAUUCUGUGAACGUUGUGCUUAUGGCUAUACUGGUGAUGCCACCCAUGGUACUCCCUACGAUUGCCAACCCGGAGCCGAUGAUUCCACCGCCUACCCCAGACCUCCACCAGCCACCAACCAAACCUGCAGCCACUGCAAUCCCGAUGGUACUGAAUCUUGCGAUAAUGGCUAUUGUUAUUGUAAAUCGAAUGUGCAAGGCACCUACUGUGACCAGUGCCGCUCCGGCACUUAUGGUCUUUCUGCCAACAAUCCCGAUGGCUGCGGUGAAUGCUAUUGCUCUCAGAAGUCAUCCACCUGCCGUUCCGCCUCUUUGUAUCGCCAAUUCAUACCCGUUGAUUUCCUUAGCAAUCCCCCACUCUUCACCGACGAAGAGGGCCUCAUUGCUGAUACUGAGAACUUGAAUUUCGACAUUGAAAGAAACGAAUAUACCUACAGCUACACUUCCUACACCCCCAAAUUCUGGAGUCUUAGAGGUUCAGUAUUGGGCAAUCAAUUGUACUCCUACGGUGGUGUCUUGUCCUACCAAUUGAAUGUUCAGACCUAUGGCCACUAUGAACCCGGCAAUGAUGUCAUACUUAUUGGUAAUGGCCAGAAAUUGUUGUGGUCUCGUCCUAGCUCCGAACAGGAAAACACUGAAUACAAAAUACGCCUGCAUGAAGAUGAAAACUGGCAGGUCAUGCAACGCGGUGUCAUGCAACGUGCCUCCCGCCUUGACUUCAUGAAUGUCUUGUCGAAUUUGGAACACAUUUUGAUCAGAGCCACCCCCAAGAUACCCACCACACGCACUGCCAUCAGUGAUGUUAUAUUGGAAAGUGCCGUCGAGACACCCUUCCCCGAUGCCCAACACGCCACCGAAAUUGAGGUAUGCACCUGUCCUGCAGGCUACUCCGGUACCUCUUGCGAAAGCUGUUCUCCAAUGCACUAUCGCGAUAACAGCGGCAAUUGUUUGGUCUGUCCCUGCCAAGAUGACUCCACCAACUCCUGCAGUUUGGAUGAACGUGGCUAUGUGAGGUGCCAGUGCAAACCUGGUUAUGGCGGCGACCGUUGUCAAAAUCCCGAAGGCUAUGAACCCGAACAAUCUACACCACAUCCCACACCCGAUACCGAUUUUAGGACCCACAUAACUGUUUCGAUUGCUCCACCCGAGAUCACCAUCAUACCAGUUGGCGGCUCUAUUACACUCUCUUGCAGUGGUCAUUUGGCCUGGAAUGGCAGCCCCGUCAUUGUUAGCUGGUAUAAAUUGAACGAUAACAUGCCCUAUGGCUGGGAACAAAGCAACGGUGUCUUGCGUCUCUAUGAUUUGCAAAUCCAUGACUCUGGUGUCUACAUUUGCCAAGCCAAGAACAAUGAAACUAAACGAGUAUUUGAAGAUAAGAUUUCCAUCACUAUUACUGAAAGCUCUCGCCGCACUCCUGCCAAGAUUGACAACCUCUCACCCUAUUUCACCUUCGAAGAGUAUGUGCCCAGCGAAGUUAACUGCGAAGUGAGCGGCAAUCCCGCACCCAGUGUCAUUUGGACCCGUGUCGAUGGCCAGAUGUCAGGUGAGGCUCGCGUUGAUGGCAGCCGUUUGAUUUUCGAAAUGCCCCGCAAAUCCGAUGAAGGCAGCUACAGAUGCCAGGCCAACAAUGGCGUAGGCUAUGAGGAGAAAUACACUCAAAUCCGUGUACGCCCCUCAACACCACAACCCACACCGGCACCCCGUGAAUUGGUAUACAUUGAACCUCCAUCCUUUUCAGGAGAGAGUGGUGAAUAUGUACGCUUGACCUGUCAACCCACCACCCCAGUGAUAUUGAAAUACGAGUGGACCAAGGAUGGCUAUCCUUUGUACCGUCAACAGAACCUGAUUAUCAAUGGUAAUAUGCUGGAAAUUCGCGAGACCUCUCCACGUGAUUCGGGUGUUUACACCUGUAUCGGUAUUGAUCACAGAGGACAACGCAACUAUACCUCAGAUGCUCAGGUGCAUAUUGAAGAGACUAGACCUCCCUAUGGCGGCGGCAGUGGAGUUCCUCAACCUGGAAGCAUUGCUCCUACCGUCCAGCGUUUGCCCGAAGAGAACCGUGUUAUCCAAGGCCAUGACUUUACCAUUACUUGCGAGGCCACUGGCACACCUUACCCCACCAUCAGAUGGACCAAGGUCCAUGAAUCCUUAGGCGAUAAUGUCCAUCAGACCGGCAAUGUUUUGCGCAUCAUGAAUGCCCGUCCCGAUAAUCGCGGUAUUUACUUGUGUAUUGCCGAGAAUGAGGGUGGCAAUGAUCAAACCAGCACUUUCAUUGAUAUUGAACCUCGUGAACAUCCCACCGUUGAUAUUGAUCCUAAAGAGCCACAAAUAACCAAUGUUGGCGGCCAGAGCAUGUUGUAUUGCUCGGCCACCGGUAUUCCACAACCCCGUGUACAAUGGGUGCGUGUCAAUGGUCAACCUCUGUCGCCCAGACAUCAAAUUCAACAAAAUGAACCCGGUUACAUUAUUAUCAAUGAUGUUAUGCUGGUGGAUGCUGGUGAUUAUAAAUGUGUGGCCGAAAACGAAGUGGGCAAUGCUACCGCUAUCUCCACCUUGCGUGUGAUUGAAGCUCCCGUUAUCCAAUUGCAACCCAGCUCCGAAGUUCUUACCGUUACCGAGGGUGAUGAAGUCAAGGUUACCUGCACCGCUACUGGUGUCCCCAAUCCCAGUGUACGUUGGGUAGAAGACAGUUCCGUGGCCACCUUUAAUUAUGCCCCCGAAUCUGAGCAUUUCAAUCAAGCCAUCUUGGAAUUCUAUCGCGUCUCCAUGCAAAAUGGCAAGGCCUACAAGUGUGUGGCCACCAAUGAAGCUGGUACUGAUGAACGUUAUAUUGUUUUGGAUGUCAAGCCUAGACGUGGUGAUGCUCCCGAGGAUAGUGAUGUUGACAGAUCACCUUAUCCAUAUGACAGACAAUCCGGUCGUCCCACUUAUCCUCAACAACCACCAACUUAUAACUAUGCCCAACCCUCAAUUACUCCUCAGCCUCAUCCCGAGAAUGUUUACCAAACCAAGCCGGGCGAUAAUGUCACCUUAAACUGUGAUUUGAAUGCUGCCUAUAAGACUUUGUGGGUGCGUGAAGAUGGUCGUCCCUUGCCCUCCAACUCCUAUUUCGAAAGCAACAGCUUGAUUAUCCAUCACAUGCAAGAGACCAAUGCCGGCAAAUACCGUUGCAAUGCUUAUGAUAAUCGCGGCUCAAUUAUUACCUAUCACUUGGCUGAAUUGGUGUACAUACCCAUUCCUCAUAUCACCUUGAACCCCAGAAUGCCUUUGCAUGUAAAUGCCAAUGAUAACAUUGAUAUCUCCUGUGAUGUCGAUGGUGCCCAGCCCAUAAUUGUAUCCUGGCAUACAGACAACAACAGACCUUUGCCAUCAUCUGUUAGCAUUGAGGGCAAAUACUUGCGCUUUAUCUCAAUCACACCUGCUGCUGCUGGCCGCUACUAUUGCUCUGCCUCGAAUAGCUAUGGCAAUACCACUGAAAUGGCUGAAGUUAUUGUCAAUCGUGGCCAUACCUAUGAAGCCCGUCCUCAGGCCAAACACUACGAAUUGAAUGAAGGUGAAACCGUGCGCAUUUCCUGCGAUGUUGACGCCCAUGUUCCCAUUCGUGGUGAUGUCUAUUACACCUGGACCCGUGAAGACGGCAGCCGUUUACCGCCCAAUGCUCAAAUCCACAACAAUGAAUUGUACAUUUACAAUGUGCACAAACAAGACGAGGGCCGUUAUGUCUGUGAAGCCAUAGCCAAUGGUGUCAGAUCUAAGCCCUCCUAUGCUGAACUCUAUGUCAAGCGAGGUCACAGCAUAAAUGAUAUACCUUGCAUGGUUCUCUAUAUCUGUACAGCUGGUGUAAGACCUUUGCCCUAUUAUCCCUCCACAAUUGUGUCUACCACUCCUCGAGUUCGUGACACCAUGUUAAGAGUCGAUCAGCAGCAAUCAAAACUAAGAGUGGGUGAAUCUACAGAAGUGGAAUGUUACUCCUCGGACAACAGUUAUACCGAUGUGGUCUGGGAAAGAGCUGAUGGUGAGCCCUUGCCUCCACAUCUACAACAAAUUGGCAAUCGCUUGAUCAUCAGCCAUGUCACACCCCAUGAUGCCGGCCGCUAUGUCUGCAAAUGCAAAACCGAUGAGGGUGAUCUUUAUACUACCAGCUAUGAAUUGGAUAUUGAGGCUAAUGUCCAUGAGUGGAAACAUCCCAAAAUAGUGCAUGCCAAUGUCGGCUCCAGAGCCCAAUUGCACUGUGAUGCUGAGAAUGCUCAUGCUGGACCCAGCUAUAGAUGGUCCCGCCAGUAUGGUCAAAUGCAAAUGGGUACUGAUAUUUUGAAUGACAAACUCCAUCUUGCCGAUGUCCAGGCCAACGAUGCCGGCACCUACAUCUGUACCGCCACCACUGCUGAUGGCGAAUCGGUCGAUUAUCCCACCAUUUUAGUGGUGACCGGAGCCAUUCCUCACUUCCAUCAAGAUCCCAUUAGCUAUAUGUCCUUCCCCACUUUGCGUGACUCCUAUAUUAAAUUCAACUUUGACAUAACCUUCCGGCCUGAACAGCCCAACGGUUUGUUGUUAUUCAAUGGCCAAAAGAAGGGUAAUGGUGAUUAUAUUUCCUUGUCAUUGAAUGAACGUUAUCCCGAGUUCCGUUUUGAUUUCGAUGGCAAAUCCAUGGUUAUAAGAGCCGAACAGCCGGUGGAAUUGAAUGAAUGGCAUACGAUAAGAGUGAAUCGUUUCAGACGUGAUGGUUAUAUGCAGGUCGAUGAUCAACAUCCGGUGGCUUUCCCCACCUUGUCCCCUUCUAGUUCCUUGGAUUUGGUGGAAGAUUUGUAUUUGGGCGGUGUGCCCAGUUGGGAUAUCUUGCCCAAGGAUGCUGUUGACCAGCAAGUGGGCUUUGUGGGCUGCAUUAGUCGCUUGACUUUGCAGGGCUCCAUAAUUGAAUUGAUGAAAGAUGCCAAGGUUAAGGAUGGCAUAACUGCGUGUCAACCUUGCAAGGAUAGUCCUUGCAAUAAUGGUGGCAUAUGUUUGGAGAGUCAAACUGAAAUGGCUUAUACCUGUAUCUGUCAACAAGGCUGGACGGGACGUAAUUGUGCGGUAAAGGGUACCCAAUGUACCCCGGGCAUUUGUGGUACGGGACGUUGUGAGAACACUGAAAUGGGUAUGGAGUGCUUGUGUCCUUUGAAUAAGACAGGCGAUAGAUGUCAGUAUAUAGAGCAUUUGAAUGAGAAUAGUUUGGCUUUUAAGAAGAACAGUUUUGCGGCUUAUGGAACACCAAGAGCUUCCAAAUUGAACAUUAAAUUCCAAGUGAGACCCAAUAGCUUGGAAGAUGCGGUGUUAUUGUAUGCAGCUGAAUCCAAAUUGCCCAGCGGAGACUUUGUGGCCGUGGUAUUGCGCAACAAACAUGUGGAAUUGAUUAUCAAUACCGGAGCCCGUUUGAAGCCGGUGGUGGUGCGUUCCUUGAAUCCUUUGCCAGUGAAUAAAUGGACUGAGAUCGAAAUUGCCAGACGUUUUGGUGAGGGCAUUUUGAGAGUAGGCUCUGAGGCGGAACAAAAGGCCAAGGCGGCGGGAGCAGCACGCACUUUGUACAUUAAGACUGCCAUGUAUAUAGGAGGUUAUGAUCAUGAAAAGAUCACUUUGAAUAGAGAUGUGAAUGUUACUUAUGGCUUUGAUGGUUGUGUUUCAAAUCUUUAUGAGGGUUUGAGACCAAUCAAUUUAAUAGCUGAUAUUAGCGAUGCUGCCAACAUACAGAACUGUGGCGAAAUUAAUGAAAUCGAUCAAAACGAAACCUUUGCCCACGAAGUUCAAUUAAACAACGAAGAUGAUUUGGCGGCUUUGGAUGCCUGUGCCAGUGAUCCCUGUGAAAAUGGAGGCUCCUGUGCAUUAGUGGAUGAUAUGGCAGUGUGCAGCUGUUUAGUAGGCUUUGCCGGUCCACAUUGUCAAGAUCAUAUAACUUUACAAUUCGAUGCCAAUUUCCAUGGCAAUGGCUAUUUGGAAUUGAAUAGAUCCCAGUUUGAUGAAAAUGUCGAUCAGAAAUACUCUUUUGCUGCCAUGGUCUUCUCUACCAGCGAUCCUAAUGGUUUGUUGCUGUGGUGGGGCCAGCAAAAGGGUGAGGCCUACAAUGGCCAAGACUUUAUGGCUUUGGCCAUCGUUGAUGGCAUUGUAGAGUUUGCCUUCCGCUUGAAUGGUGAAGAAGCUGUAUUGCGCAAUCCCGACAAGCGGGUGGAUGAUGGCACACGUCAUAUAGUGUUGAUUAAACGUACCGAUAAUACAGCUAUAUUGGAAUUGGAUCAUGUCUUGUAUGCCGAUGAGACCAGGCCCACGGGCAAGAAUACCAUGACACUACCAGGUCAUGUAUUUAUAGGUGGCGCUCCUGAUUUAGACUCCUUUACCGGCGGCCGCUAUAAGCAGCACUUUAAUGGCUGCGUGCGGGUGGUAGAAGGAGAAAGUAGUGGUAUCAUAGAACUAGGCAAAGUAGCUGUAAGCGGUAUCAAUGUCGACACUUGUCCAGAAGCGGAGGAAGAUAGAGAAGGCACCGAACCCCCAGUCGUUUAAUAGUUUUUUUUUUCUUUUCCACUUAGUUUUUAACAAUCAACAAAUUUUCUUAAAAACAAAACAAAACUUUUACGAAGAAAAUUAAGGAAAACAUAACCCCCCAAAAAAACGUAACAAAAAACUCCUUUAUAUUAGAUUUUUUUAUAAAAAAAAAUAUAAUUUUUAAGCCAAAACUAACAUUAAAGAAAAAAAAACUUACUUGUAAAAGUAAAAAAACCAAAUGUGUCAUAUAAUUUAAAAUUAAAUAAGAAAUAAUAAAAAAAUAACAAAAAAAAAAACUAAAAAAUAUAAGAAAACUAAAAUGAAAACAAUCUGGCCACACUUAAAACUCAAAAACACAACACAAAAAAAAGGAAAUUUUUAUAUAAAAAUAAAAAAAAAUUAUUAAUAAAUAAAAAACUGCAUGCAUUAACUACAUAAAUAAUAAAUAAAAAAUUAAUCAGGCAGCCUUUAUAAUAACAAACAAAAAAAAUUACCAGUGUUGUUUUGUUGUCAUAAAAACCUUAAAAAAUAAGGUUUAAAAUUUUCUUAUUUUAUUUCAUUUUAUUAUUUUUUUUGUUUAACAAAAUCUCUGCCUGUUUUUAUACUCAAAGAUUUAACAACAACAACAAGAAAAAAACAAUUCCAUUAUUUGCUUAAAUGUGUUCUUAUAAAUAAAUAAUAAUAAUUUUUAUUUAAAAAAAAAGCCAAGUUAUUUUUACUAAUUUUAAUUUUAACGAAAAUGUAAUACUUUUAAAAAUUUCAUUUAUUUUUUUAUUUAUUGUAAAUGUUUAUACCAAAAACAAUUUAUAAUGAAUUAUAAUAUAUAUAAAAUACUGUAAUAAACUGUGUAAUAACUAAACCAAUAUACAUAUUAUUAAAACAAAAAUUAAAUGAAAUUAUUGUAAAAAGUUGUUAAGUGACAGAAAAAAAAAUAAAACAAAUAUUAAUAAUAAUAAUAAAAAAAAGCCAAAUUAUUAAACAAAAUUAAUGAAAA